CCUCACUCUUUUUAAGUGUUGGCUUAAAAGAACACUCUCGUUAUUUCAUUUCUUCGCCCUUUAGCUCUCCAGGAAAACAUGGCUGUUACCAUCGCCUCCGUCAAAGCUAGGCAGAUCUUCGACAGCCGCGGAAAUCCAACGGUUGAGGUUGAUGUGGAAACAUCGAACGGUAAAAAGGUUAGAGCCGCAGUUCCAAGCGGUGCAUCCACAGGAAUUUACGAGGCUCUUGAAUUGAGAGAUGGAGGUUCCGAUUACCUUGGUAAAGGUGUAUCGAAGGCUGUUGCUAAUGUCAACACAAUCAUCGGAUCUGCAUUGAUUGGCAAGGACCCAACUGAGCAGACUGCUAUUGACAAUUUCAUGGUUCAACAACUUGAUGGAACUCAAAAUGAGUGGGGUUGGUGCAAACAAACGCUCGGUGCAAACGCCAUCCUUGCAGUGUCCCUUGCAGUUUGCAAAGCUGGAGCUGAAGUCAAGAACAUACCCCUUAUAAAGAAUGUGGUUGAAUUCUGGGUUAUUUGCUAAUGGGAGCCCAAUUGACCAGUGUUAUAUGACAUAAUAAAAAGCUAAACAUUUGACUUAACAAUUGGUAUUUGGGAAGCUCUCUUCUGAUGGACCCAUUCAUUCACAGCACGUUUGGUUCGCUGUAAUAGAAUAGAGGCGUAAUGGAAUAGAAGUGUAAUGUAAUAGAGGCGUAAUAACAAAUCAAUUGUUUGGUUGAAUGUAAUGGAAUAAAGGCGUAAUAGUAUUCUUGUGUUUGGUUGAAUGGAAUAGAGGUGUAAUAGCAUAAUAGAAAAAACUAAAAUGACUAGAAUACCCUUAGCAUAAAUUU